GCAUGUGUACUUUUUUUUUUCCAGAUGGUCAUGGACGUCCCGAGACGCUCGCUCUCCCCGGUGUUGAGCGCCGUGGUAUGGACGCUGCUCUCCUGCGGCAUCCUGCUGGCCUUCUGCUUCCUGCUCUUCACCCUUCGCUUCAAAAACAACAGGAUAGUGAAGAUGUCCAGUCCCAACCUAAAUGUCCUGAGUCUCUUCGGAAGUGUCCUCACCUACAGCAGCGGCUUCCUGUUUGCCGUCGAUCCACGACCGCACCCUCAAAUGGAAGCGUCGACAGCUGUACUACACGCCCGGGUGUGGACCCUCUGUCUCGGCAGCACGAUGGUGUUUGGACCUAUUUUAGGGAAAACAUGGCGCCUGUACAGAGUGUUCACCCAGAGAGUGCCCGACAAGAGAGUGAUCAUCAGAGACAUUCAGCUAAUGGCCAUGGUGGCUCUCUUGAUCCUGGUGGACCUGCUGGUCCUGUCUGCCUGGAACCUCUCAGACCCCAUUCGCUGUUCUAGAUCACUCGGUGCAGUCGUUAAGAUGGUGGAUCAGAACAUCUCCUAUUCUUUGUCUCAGAUUAAUUCCUGCUCUUCUGCUUACUGGGAUCUGUGGGUUAUAAUCAUAGUUGUUAAAAAGGGGUGUCUCCUGCUCUACGGCACAUAUCUGGCCGGCCUGACCAGCAACGUCAGCCACCCUCCGGUCAACCAGUCCCCCACCAUCCUCACCGCCGUCUCCUUG